UCAAAAAGGGAGACUGGCCGUUUUUUUUUUUGCGCUCCUUUCGACCUGCGUCCGAUGCUGCCGUCCUGCACCUUGCGCUUCCUUAAGCUUAUCCAGUCUGUCGGAACGCUCGACGACAUCUGCCCCUGACCCACUCACGUCCAGGCCAACACCCAGCAGACCCAGGACAAACGCGUCAAGAUGGGUGGUUUCAAGGCGGUCGAGGAUCGGCCCACGCCCAAGGAGGUGUACAACUGGCGGCUCUACACAGAGUCGUCCAUCAUUGCCGUCGGAUCCUUCCUGUUUGGAUACGACUCUGCCUUUGUGGGCACUACCAUCGCGCGUGCCAGUUUCAAGACCGACUUUGGCGUCACCAGCGCCAACAGUAACAACAUCUCGAGCAACAUCACCUCGGCCUUUCAGGCUGGCGCGUUGGGCGGCGCUCUUGCAUCCUUCAUGAUCACCGAGUAUGCCGGACGGAAAUGGGCUCUGAACACCAGCUGCGCCAUUUUCCUCAUCGGUGCCAUAUUGAUGACGGUGGCCACGAACCAGCUUGACUACAUCUAUGCCGGCCGUGCCCUGACUGGCUUCGGCUGCGGCAUCAUCACCGCCACUGUGCCGAGCUACAUCGCCGAGCUUUCAAUCCCCUCCAUCCGCGGCAUCUUGACUGGCCUGUUCGAAAUCACGUACCAGGUCGGGUCUCUGAUCGGCUUCUGGAUCAACUAUGGCAUCAAUAACACCAUGGACCCCAAGUCCUCCAUGUCGUGGCGCGUCCCAAUGGCCGUCCAGAUCCCUCCCGCGGCCCUGCUCUUGGUUGGAGCCUUUGUUCUGCACGAGAGCCCGCUCUGGCUGCUGCGCAAGGGCAAGGAUCAGGAGACGUACAAGGCUCUCGAGGCGUUGCGAAAGCUGCCGAUUGACCACCAGUAUCUCCAAGAGGAACUUCAGAUGAUGCGCGCAAGGCUUGCGGACGAGGCCGCUAUUGCGGGCAGGUACGGAACUGGCACCAUCGCCUUCAUCCGUGGAGCCAUGCACGAGUUUGCGCAGAAGGGAAUGUACAACCGUAUCAUUCUCACCUUCUGCGCCUUUGCCCUCCAGAACAUGUCGGGCGCUGCUGCCAUCAACUACUACUCGCCAACCCUGUUCGGCUCGCUUGGCAUAACCGAUGUCGCGCUCUACACCGGCAUCUACGGACUCGUGAAGGCCGUCGCGUCCAUCAUCUUCUACAUCUUCCUGAUUGACAUCUGGGGACGAAGGCAGCCAACCAUCAUCUCGUCGCUGGCAUGCUCGCUGUGUCUCUGGUUCGUCGGCGCCUACGUCUUUGUCGGCAACCCCGCCGCCACCAUCGCCGCGGGAGGCACCCUGUCCGAAUCCACCGCUGCGGGUGGCAAGGCCGCCACUGCCAUGAUCAUGGUCUACUCGGUCUUCUGGUCCUUUGGUCUCAACGGCAUCCCCUGGAUCGUGUCGGCCGAGAUCUUCCCCGGAGCCCUGCGCAACAUCACGGGCACGUUCGCCGCCCUGUGCCAAUGGGCCACCCAGUUCGCCAUCACCAAGGCCCUGCCAUACAUCUUCAGCUCGCUCGGCUUUGGCGUCUGGUUCUUCUUUGCAUGCUGGAUGCUUCUCGCCACCGUCUGGGCCUUCUUCCUCCUGCCCGAGACGAAGGGCCUCACCCUCGACCAGAUCGACGGCAUUUUUGGCUACAUCGGCGACCGGCGCAGCGACCUGGCCGAGGUGACCCCGGCCAAAAAGUCUCUUGACGAGGAGCAGGUGCAGGACAAGGCCCAGGCUACCGAGCACGCCGAGAGUAGGCCUUGAAGUUGUUACAUCUAGCCCUGGCGCUGGCCUGCGAGGCUUGUGCUUUGGCAAAACAUGUCUACCCAGGCUCCAACAGUCGAACUGGAUGUAGUGUAGUUCCUCUGCAAAUAAAUAAUCAGGGUGCACUGAAGAACCCCAUGGUGCGGGCACAAUCGAACUCCUGCUAUGCCCGGCAUCGGCUUAGUUUUUCGCUGUGAUGAC